CUUUAACGCGUGAAAAAUAUACAGAUAAAAAUUGUAAUACUGACAAAAAUAUUGCAAGCUGUUAUUUCCGAAAAUACAGCAUUUCCAAAAGUGAUUCAGUCGGUUCUGUGUUGUUUGUAUAGCGUCCUUGUCGAGAUCUGCUGGGCAAGAUGAUGCUCCCAACGGAAACAGCGGAAGAGAUACGUGCGAAGUAUACGGAGAUGCAAAUCGAACUGGAGAACCUAGAAAUUGAGCGUGGUGCAGCUGACGAGGUCCCUGCUGACUCAGUUACUUCCGAACUGUAUCUCCAACUUAUGGCGAUCUAUCUUAUACAGAAUGACUUGCCCAAUGCAAAAUUUGUGUGGAAGCGAGCUCCCGACAACAUAAGAAAGAGUGCAUCGUUGUCAGGCAUGCAUCGAGUGUUUUUGGCACUAUGGAGUCGCGAUUUUCCAGCCACUUAUACGGCACUAAAUGGUACCAACUGGACACCGAGCGUCCAGCCGCUUAUUGCCGAUUUACGCUCGUUGACGGUGCUGCGGGCCCGAAGUCUCCUUUCCAACUCGUACGCUGAUGUUUCCCAAGAGGAUUUUUGUCUCUUAAUGGGCGUCCCGAUGAGCACUGAAGGUGUUGCAGAAGCUUGCGCGGAGUUAGGUUGGACUCUAAAUGGUGGUCGCGUAAUACCUGCAAAGCCAGCACCCCCUACAGAACAGCCUUUAAUGUCCGAGGCCCAUCUUGCCAAAUUGGCAGAAUUCAUCAGUUUCCUCGAAUGUUAACGUUGUCUCAUGAUAUCCAGUCUUUUCAAAAAGGGAUUUCGUCUUUUUUUUUUUCAUCUAGGUUAGCACAUAAGCAACUCAGGCUGAAGGGCAUUUAUAAUGUAGUGUCCCUCUGUUAAGUAAAAGACAAAAAAAAGGUAAUGAGUGAUUCGCACUCUAUUCCUGCUCCGUCAGUAGAGAAAUUACAGUAGGUCCCGUUCACCAUUCUACAAUAAGAUCUGCAGCUGUUUCAAGAUAUCCUAACGUUAAGGCCAUUUCGUGAGAAUGUGAUUUUAAAUAAAUGAAUGGACGACGUAAUUGCUGAUGCGGAAAAAAGAAGCUGCUACCAAGCCUUGAUCUACCCGCGAGUCAUUGUAUGGAAAAUCUCACAUCAUAUAAACGUGAUUGCGCUCUGUGGAUAUAAAGUGCGUGGGUAAUUCUAAGUGCGGCUGUGUAUAUUAUGUUAAUACAUUUCUAGUUGUCAAUCUUGCUACCAAUGCAAACCUAUGAGAAAGUGAAUAAACAUGUUAAUUUGAUAUUAUUAGUGCAUACAGUAA